AUGGGUAGCACAACCUUGGCUUUCAGCACUCCUUUGCGCAUUUUCUUUUUUGAACUCAGGCCUGUAAGAGCAGCUUUGCAAGGCCGAGUACUCGUGCUGGAAGGGAUCGAGAAGGCAGAACGCAAUGUACUGCCGCUUCUCAACAACCUUUUGGAGAACAGAGAGAUGCAGCUCGAGGACGGACGUUUUUUGAUGUCCCAUGGCCGCGUCACAGGAUCUGGCAAAGUCAAGGGCAACCAGGACCUGAAGCUUGAGCCAGUGCACCCGGAGUUUAUUGUCAUUGCUAUAGGCAUGCCAAAGAGAGGCAAUCCCCUAGACCCACCCCUGAGAUCACGCUUUGCUGGACAUGUCCUUUGGCCUCCCUCUGUACCAGAGGUCCUGCGGCAAAUCAACCGCUUGGAAGCUCCGCCACAAGAUGAUGACCUGAAAGAGUUUAAGAAGGUCUUGCAAGUACUUCAAAGCUUCAUAAAGCACGCGAAGCAGGGUGGCAUACGAGUGCCCCCAUUGCCGGACCGGGCGGCUAUCCGGACCGCUCGUUUGCUGCAGCUAUUUGGUGGCUCAUCUCUUGCCUUCAUCAAGCGUGCUUAUCCGCUUGAGCUGAUGCUAAAUUCAACUGCCCUUGGCCAGCUUGCCACGGGGCUAGCCAGUCAGGGCUUGCGUGAGAAGGAAGGUGCCUACACCAUUUCCUCCAUCAGCAGUACUGCUUCUGGAACUGCAAGUGCGACCUUUCGGAAGCCUUCUGGAGAGGAGAAGGAGAUCCUGGUCCAAGCCGGUACCUGGCUGUCCGCUCCAGACAUGGAGCAUUUGUCACCAGCACAGCAGAAAGUGGUCGCUGCAAUGCUGCAAGAUCAUGCCGCUGACAUCGACAUGUGUUUGGUGGGCGAGAAGGGCGUGGGAAAGACUAUGAUCCUUCGCACAUUUAGACAAAUGCUGGGCUAUCGCUGCAAAACGGUCUUUUGCUUCAAGGACCUGAUGGCGCGGGACUUGCUACAGAGACGUUCUACUGACCCGAAGGGUCAGACGGAGUGGCAAGAUUCUCCAGUCGCGGAGGCCGCUAUAGCAGGGCACCUGGUGGUUCUGGAUGGCCUGCAACGACUGGCACCAGGGAACAUCUAUGCUUCGCUAGGUCCGCUCUUGCUGGAUCGAGAGGCCACGCUGCCGGAUGGCAGUCGUUUGGUCUCCCCACGCCGGUGGAGAAGACUUCUGGAAGUUCGUGGUCUGCCAGAAGACUGCAAGGAAUAUGAAGAGGAAGGCAUCAGAUUCAGAUCAGUACAUCCUGCUUUUCGCUGCAUCGCCACUGCUGAGUGGCCAGUUGCUCGAGGAGUUGUGACCUGGCUGGAUGACGAGGUCACCACCCUCUUUCAUUUCCAUCACGUCAAUCCUUUGCCAGAGGAGGAGCAGCUCAGUCUUGCCACAGGCUCUGGAACCAAGCUGAGGAUGCAAAUGAAGGAAAGCCAUGUGAAGGUGUUUCGUGCUUUGCUUGUUUAUGGUGACAAGCUUCGGAAAGCACUUGUGGACGAGCCCGGGCUUGAGCCGCUGAGGUUAAGCCUUCGGGUGUUGCUGCGAAUCGCAAAGCAUUUGCGACAGCGGCCUGAGGAUGUUCACGGCGCACUGAGUCGCGCUUUUGCAGCGUGUUUGCGCUUUCUUCCAAACUCUUCGCAGGAGGCAGUGCUGGGCAUGCUGCAAAUGGCUCUUCGUUCUACAGGCGCACCGACUCUGCCAUGGACCAGCUCUGUCCCAGACACUGCCGAGUCACGGCGUCGCCGCGAGGAUCUGCGUGAGCUGGAAUACAUGGCUAUCCAGGCUAGAAUGAUGGGUGGUGGAGACAUGGUGGAUGAGGCACGAGAGAAGGCAGAAACUGACAGGAAGAAGCAGCGUGAAGAUCGGCUCCGAGAGCUUAGGAAGUUGGGACAGCAGGGCUUUUCGAGGAAAGCCCUUGAUGCAGCCAGCAUCAGCGGCGGUGUCCUGCGCAUCGGAGACGUUUCCUGCCCACUGCGCACACCCUCAAGGCCAGAGCUUGUUCCUGACGUAGCCUUUGUGGACAUCCCGCAGCAGACAGAGAUUCUGAAGGAUAUGUUGCUGGACUGGUCUCUAGGUCAUCACUUGCUGCUGGUGGGUAACCAGGGCGUCGGCAAGAACAAGCUAACCGACCGCUUGCUGGGCUUGCUUCAAUGCGAGCGAGAGUAUGUCCAAUUACAUCGAGAUACUACGGUGCAAAGUUUGACCUUAUCUCCCUGCUUGAAAGCUGGCGUGGUAACUUGGGAAGACUCACCAUUGCUACGUGCGGUGAAACACGGCCGCUGUUUGGUGGUAGACGAAGCAGACAAGGCACCACUGGAGGUGGUUUGUGUCUUGAAGGCACUGUCGGAAGAUGGCGAGUUGAGCCUGUCAGACGGUCGCACCAUUGUCAGACCAGACAGUGCCAUCGACCGUCGAGAUGUGGUGAGGAUGUCCAGCGAUUUCCGGCUCAUUGUCUUGGCCAAUCGACCGGGCUAUCCUUUCAUGGGCCACGACUUCUUCAAGCUUUGUGGCGAUGUGUUCAGCUGCCACGUGGUGGACAACCCGGACAUCGCAAGUGAAGUCGCCCUCCUUCGAAGUGUUGGCCCUGAUGUGCCAGAAGAGCAGGUGCUGCAGCUCUCUGUGCUCUUUGCAGAGUUGAGGGAGAUGGUUGAGGCCGGGCAAUUGGCAUAUCCAUACUCCACACGUGAGUUGGUCAAGCUGGUGUCACACGCCCAGCGAUUUCCAAAGGAUCGCUUGGAGGAGUUAGCCUCCACAGUCUUUGCGUUUGACCUGGCGGACGAGAAGAAACGGACACCACUUUUGGGGGUCUUGCAACGGCAUGGGAUUGCGACAACAGAGGAGAGCAUUCGUCUUUUGGAUGGCUACACGUCGGGGGACAUGAGCCUCAAAUUGGAUGAGGGCCGGGACAAGUCGAAGGACGUGGUCAACAAGGAGAAUCCGGAUGGCACCCGUCCACCUGAUAUGGCACCCGGUGGGCCCAAGCAUGGUAAGUGGGAUGGCCAAGAACACAUCGGAGGCAAUCAAUUUGCUGGUGGAAGUGGUGGCACUGGAACAGCAGGACUUGGUGGACGCUGGGGUCCGUAUCGCCUGGAUGUGGGACAGAAGCUGGUCCAGGUGUCUGAAGAUUCGAAGAAAGGUCUCGACGAGGAGACAAAACGCAAAGCUCAAGAGAUGGCAGAUGAUGCUUACAGGAAGAGGCUGGCAGAGAUGAAGAUGUCGUUGAAGGAAGGGCAAGCAUAUGCCGCUUUGCGAGAUGCAGUUGCAUCUCAAAUUCAAGAGAUGAAGGUCUGUUUGGAAAGUCAAGAGGCUCGCGAGCGGGAGCGGCAAUGGCUGAAGAACCAGAGUACUGGUGAAUUGGAUGAGAACCGCUUGGUGGACAGCAUCACUGGCUGCAAAACUGUGUAUAUGCGACGUGGCCAACCAGACAGCUUUGCCUUUGGCCGUCAGCAACAUCCCAAGCGGAUUACUUUUGUUAUGGAUAUCAGUGGCAGCAUGUACACUUUCAACCGCAUUGAUCGACGCUUGCAGCGUCUGCAGGAAGUGGCUACCUUCAUUUUUGAGAGCUUCGCCGGCUUUGAGGAGAAGUAUCAGUAUCGCAUGGUCGGCCAUAGUGGUACUGGGCCCGAAGAGCGAUUGGUGGAAUGGGCAAAGCCGCCUCUGACGGACAAGGACCGCUUGGAAAUCGCAAAAACCAUGGAGGCACAUGCUCAGUUCUGCUACCCUGGGGACCAUACCUUGGAGGCAACCAUGCGUGCCAUCAAGGAGAUUGGAACCCAAGAGGCUGACGAACGGCUUGUUCUGGUCGUGAGCGACGCAGACUUGCAAAG